AAUCCUGCCUUCUUUGCGUUUUCAAGUAUGGCGUCUUUGACUGUCUCCGUCUGCUUGGAUGGUUACAUUCGUCUGUGAAAUAACUCUGUAAAUUGUCCAUAUUUCUUUGUUGUCGAAGUGUUUAUCCGUUUAUGGAAGUGUAUUUUUCUUUUGAAUAAGUUGCCCCAUGCUUUCCUGUAACUUUAAGGUUAUGCAGUAAAAUGUCACUCAGGGCUUAUCAAUAUUUUAAAAAGUCCCCGAAUGUGACCCAAUUUACAGUUACAAAAUAUGGUCUGAAACAUAUGUCAGUUCCAUCCAUAAUUCAUGCGAGGCCGUUAUCUCAGCUGUGCUCACGUUUGCCAUGUACCAAGAGAGUCUCCGAAAAAAGUGACAGAUUAGCGUGCUUUGAACCAUUUAAAGUUCAAACCAGGUCAUACCGACUGAAACAAGAUUUUGGGCAUAAGACUCAACCACCAGACAAGUUCCUUAACACCAUUUCCUAUAUUAUUAUUGGAUUUAUUGGAUAUAUCAUCUAUGAUGCAGGUUAUGGAGAUAAAGAAGAGGGAUACUUCAAAAAUGUGUUCAAGGACUGGUUUAAAAACUGGCCUCCCAAAGUGGAUGCAGCUACUAUAGAUGUUGAAAAGCAUAGCAAAGUUUUUGUAGGCGAAGCUGCUGCAGAGGAAACUGAAGUAGAUGAAUCAAAGAAGAAAAAGAAGAAAGCUAUAGGUUUCCGUGAACGGAGAAUCAUCGAAUAUGAAAAUCGCAUCCGUCAGUUCUCAACUCCUGAUAAGGUUUUCCGCUACUUCGCUACUCUCCAAGUUACUCAUGUUACUUCUUCUGGGGUCCAGACUCAUGAGGUAUUCAUGACACCUGAUGAUUUUCUUCGCUCAAUGACUCCAGGAGUGAAACAGCCUCCCGGUCUAGGACUUGAUCGAUACAAGAGAUAUGAUCCUAAGGAUGUUCAUACCAAGUUAGAGUUGGCUUUGGAUGAAGACAGCAUUUUUUAUAAGCUAGGCAGUGCAGGUCUUAUUACCUUUUCAGACUACAUUUUCCUUCUUACUGUUCUGUCAACAUCUAGACGUCACUUUGAAAUCGCUUUUCGAAUGUUUGACUUAAAUGGUGAUGGUGAUGUGGACUGUGAGGAAUUUGAAAAAGUUGCGACACUGAUACGGCAGCAGACAAGUAUAGGAAGCCGCCACCGUGACCAUUCUAAUACUGGAAAUACAUUCAAGGGAGUUAACUCGGCCCUGACGACAUUUUUCUUUGGAUCUGACCUAACAAAGAAACUCACUAUUGAACGGUUCCUUGAUUUUCAACAAUCGUUACAAAGGGAAAUUCUAAGUCUGGAGUUUCAUCGCAAAAAUCCUGAUGAACAUGGAAAUAUAACUGAGGCUGACUUCACGGAGCUUCUUCUUGCAUAUGCUGGGUACCCUCAAAAAAAAAAGACUAAGACACUGAAGCGUGUCAAGAAAAUGUUUCAUAGCUCUCCAGGUGUUAGUCGAGAUGACUAUUUGAAGUUUUUCCAUUUUCUUAACAAUAUUAAUGAUGUAGAUACAGCUCUCACAUUUUAUCAUAUUGCUGGUGCCUCAAUUGAUCAAGCCACCUUGAAGCAUGUUGCCAAAACUGUUGCACAUGUUGACCUCAGUGAUCACAUCAUAAGUGUUGUUUUCACCAUAUUUGAUGAAAACUUGGAUGGUCAGCUGAGCAAUCGUGAGUUUGUUGCUGUGAUGAAGAAUCGUCUUCUGCGUGGGUUAGAAAAACCUAAAGAUACAGGUUUUGUCAAAUUACUACAGUCAGCCGUAAAAUGUGCCCGUGAAACUAAACCUGUUCUGUUGGACUUCUAAUUGUGAUAUUUUAUGUUCUGUUUUAUUAUCUUAUUAUAACAUGACAGUGAUAACAUUGAUAACAUGUACUCUGUCAUUCUGAUACAAUUUGUUUUAUGUUGUAUAAUUUGAAACACUCUCUCUAUUCUACAAUAUAGUUCUAUUUUAUGUGUGUUGUAAAGUAAUCUUUGAUUUUAUCUCACCCAGAUUUAAAUGACUUGUCAUCUGUUACUUUUCUUUUUACUUCUACUUCAUUCUAGUCUACUUACAUAGAAAUAGUCAAACUAAGUUUGCACUGAUAAAUAAGGUGUGCAACUGGCGUACACAUGCAAGUUCUCAACACUAUGUUGCACACUUUUAAGUGUUUGAUAGGAUAUUUGAAUACUUAAAAAUGUUCAACAGUAAAUUUGAACACUGUAAAGUGUCCAAAGCUUUAAAGUGUCCAAAGCUUUAUUGGCCAACCCUGAUGUUCAAGCACUUUAUAGUAUUCAAAUAUCCAGUCAAACACUUAAACGUGUGCAACUUAGUGUUGAGCACUUGCAUGUGCACGCCAGUUGCGCACUUUAUUUAUAUGUGUGAUUUUAAAAAAAGACUACUUAUUUGUGCUGUGAAGAUAGCAGGUUUUUUUACCACGACUGUAAAAGCUUGUUAUGAAAUUCGAAUGUGUUUAACCUUUAUUAAAGCAGUUACUAAGGCCCCGCAAAUAA